CUCUUGAGACUAAAUACAAACACAUGGCCUGACUGUAGAAAGGAUUGAGUGCAUUAUGUCUGUCUUUGCAUAGUUUCAGUUUAUAAAUAAAUAAAUAAGAAUUUAGUUUUUAAUAUACAUUUUCCGGUAUUUGAGAAGAGAAGUGCUCUCUCCUCCUCCUCCUCGAACAACGGCGGGGCGUGGAACUUCGAACUUCAUUCUGAACGUUUAAAUGCUUGCCUUUAUUGUACUUUUCAAGCAGUUGAAAGCAUAAGGGUACAAGAUGACUACCUACACAGACAGAGGUGAAAAGCACGACCAUGGCAAGUUCAUCUGUUUCGACCACAUCACAUUCUGGGUUGGAAAUGCCAAACAGGCAGCAUCUUACUAUUGUAACAAGCUUGGAUUUGAACCAUUGGCCUACCAGGGUUUAGAGACAGGCUGCCGUGAUGUGGUGUCCCAUGUGGUCAAACAAGGCAAGAUUAUUUAUGUAUUCGCGUCCGCCCUCAAUCCUGGAAACAAAGAAAUGGGGGAGCAUUUGGUGAAGCAUGGGGAUGGAGCCAGGGACAUUGCAUUCACUGUGGAGAACUGUGAUUACCUUGUGCAGAAAGCCAGAGAGCGUGGUGCCAUCAUAGUGAAAGAGCCGUAUGUACUGGAGGACAAAUAUGGCAGGGUAAAGCUAGCUGUUCUCCAGACGUAUGGUGACACCACACACACAUUUGUGGAGAGGACAGCCUACAACGGGCUUUUCCUCCCAGGGUUCCAUCCUCCUCUCCACCGGGACCCAUUGUUGGCCAAGCUACCCAAUGGAUUACUGAACUUCAUUGACCAUGUUGUGGGGAACCAGCCGGAUGAUGAGAUGGUGCCUGUGGUGGAAUGGUACCAGAAGAACCUGCUCUUCCACCGGUUCUGGUCGGUGGAUGACAAGCAGCUGCAGACAGAUUUCAGUGCACUGCGCUCCAUCGUUGUGGCCAAUUAUGAAGAGACGGUGAAGAUGCCCAUUAAUGAGCCAGCCAUUGGAAAACGCAAGUCCCAGAUCCAGGAGUAUGUGGAAUACUACGGUGGCCCAGGUGUCCAGCACAUCGCCAUGAACACAUCAGACAUCAUCACCGCAAUCCGUAACCUGAAGGAGCGUGGCAUGGAGUUCAUGUGUGUGCCAGACACCUACUACCAGCUGCUGAGAAAGAAUCUCCAACACUCCCAAGUCAGGAUCACUGAGGACCUGGACAUUCUGGAGGAGCUGAAGAUCUUAGUGGAUUUUGAUGACAAAGGCUACCUACUCCAGAUCUUCACCAAGCCUGUUCAGGACCGUCCCACGGUGUUCCUGGAGGUCAUUCAGAGACACAACCAUCAGGGCUUUGGUGCAGGCAACUUCAAGGCGCUUUUCGAAGCCAUCGAGGCAGACCAGAAUGCUAGAGGGAACUUGACUAUCCUGACCGCUAAUGGUGUGUCUAACCAUAUUUGAAGUGCCCCUCUGAUUUACACAAUUUAUAUAAUGUCCAUCAUAGCUAAAGCUUGCAAAUAAAUGUGUUCAAUGAUAUAGGAGAGCUGUAUCUACAGUAUGUACACACUAUAUAUAAUAUGCAAUUAUGAUUGACAUGGCUUGUGGAGUCAAACAUAAGGAAUGAUUGUUAAUUAUUAGAAUAAUAUAGUGAUACUAAAAGAACAUACUAAAUAUAUUUUACUUGAUGCCAAAUGUUCUAUUUGUUUUUGUGACUGAUCAGAAUCAGAUAUGUUGAUGUACAAUACAGAGCAACCGCAACAGAGCAGACAUCAUUAUACAAUUUGAGCCAGCUAUAUAAUCUGGCAUUAACUGGCUUUUUAUUUUUUUAAAGUGUGACCUACCUCUGUAGUCUUAGCUUUAUAUUGUAUUAUUUGCUUUAUUUCUGAAGAAAAAAAUGCAUAUUUAAUUGAAAGGAGGUAAAAAACCACAACCUAACCAGGAGGGAGGUAAAAAACCACAACCUAACCAGGAGGGAGGUAAUAAACCACAACCUAACCAGGAGGGGGGUAAUAAACCACAACCUAACCAGGAGGGAGGUAAUAAACCACAACCUAACCAGGAGGGAGGUAAUAAACCACAACCUAACCAGGAGGGAGGUAAUAAACCACAACCUAACCAGGAGGGAGGUAAUAAACCACAACCUAACCAGGAGGGGGGUAAAAACCACAACCUAACCAGGAGGGAGGUAAUAAACCACAACCUAACCAGGAGGGAGGUAAUAAACCACAACCUAACCAGGAGGGAGGUAAUAAACCACAACCUAACCAGGAGGGGGGUAAUAAACCACAACCUAACCAGGAGGGAGGUAAUAAACCACAACCUAACCAGGAGGGAGGUAAUAAACCACAACCUAACCAGGAGGGAGGUAAAAAACCACAACCUAACCAGGAGGGAGGUAAUAAACCACAACCUAACCAGGAGGGAGGUAAUAAACCACAACCUAACCAGGAGGGAGGUAA